AGAUUAGUGUCUUUAUUUUGCACUACACUAUGUUUCCUUUCCCUUUUCCCAGCAGCCAAUACCGCAUCCAGCUGGUAAUUAGAGGCAGCAACUUCUGACAGCCUCAUCAUUAGUGAAGGCACAGACAUUCUCCAAUUGUUACAAUAAUGGAGUUUAAAUGGUCUGUACCAUUGAUAAUACUAGUGCUUGUGAAUUGUGACUUGUACUCUAAUAUAGGAGGUUCGAUUCUGAAGGAAUGUCCCUAUUGCAACACGUAUAAACCGUCACAGCCGGAAAGCCGUAGCUACUCAUCCGAAGGCAGUGAAUUGGUGAGAAUAUUGGUACGGGAAAUUGUAUACUUGACGCUAAGCCCAAACCAACAAUCAAAAGCUGCAGAAACAAGAAGAUGCUGUGGCGGGCCAGUUUCUGACCACUUCCAGAGCGACCAGUUUGAGAAGAUGUUCUCAAACCGUAGCUCCCUUGAGGUUGAGGACCAUGAAAUUGAAAAUAAGGGCUUCUUGGACUACCAGUCUUUUAUCACUGCCUCUGCUUUCUACCAGCCCUAUGGCUUUGGUACUACCUACAUCAAUCAAGACUUCUUUGGAACUAAGGAAGUCGCAGCUUUUCUUGCUCAUGUUGCCACCAAAACCUCCUGUGGAAAUAAAGUGGUCACUAGGGAACAAUUAUCAAGGGAUUUAUGCAAUAACAAGGAAAUGAAUUCCAACUUAGGUUAUUGUGAUGAACACUACAAAAAUACUUAUCCGUGUGCUCCUGGAGUUGCAUACUAUGAUCGUGGUGCUCUACCUAUCUAUUGGAACUACAAUUACGGAGAAGCAGGUAAAGAUUUGAAGGUGGAUUUGUUAAAUCAUCCAGAAUACAUUGAACAAAAUGCUACGUUAGCCUUCCAGGUUGCAAUUUGGAGGUGGAUGACUCCAAUUAAGGAGCAUCAACCUUCAGCACAUGAAGUCUUUAUUGGUACAUGGACACCCACCAAAAGUGAUAAUUUGGCCAAGCGAGUUUCUGGUUUUGGUGCUACCAUGAAUGUGCUCUAUGGAGAUCUUAUUUGUGGUCAUGGUGAUAAUGAGUCCAUGAACAACAUCAUCUCCCAUUACUUAUAUUACCUUGAUCUUAUGGGCAUCAAUCGAGAAGAAGUUGGGCCUCAUGAAGUUCUUAGCUGUGCUAAGCAAGUUGCUUUCAAUCCAUCCAUUUCCUCAUUUCCUUGAGUUUUGUUUCGUAUUUUGAUGGAUAGUCUGUCCUUUGACCUUUGUUGAACUAAUCUCUUCUUCUUCUUUUAUUAUUAUUAUUAUUAUUAUUAUUAUGAUCAAACAUUAAGGGAUGAGUAAGUGUUUGAAUAAACAACUUUGUGUGUCUUCGUGUGAUGCUAAACUUGCUUGAAGGAUAAGUGUGUAUUUAGUGAUUUGUAACUGCCUUUUAUUAGAAUUGUGUGAUUCUUGAUUUUUUUUUUUUUUUUCCGAAUAUUGUGUAA